UCAGCACGCUGGAGUUACAAAGGGGCAAAACGUUUUCAUUUAUAAACAGUUUGCGGGUUACAUGGAUGCCACUUAUUGUGUUUGAGAUGUGUCUGUGCCAGUGACUGUGAAUUUUGAGGAUAAAAUAACCAUUCAACAUGCAAUUAUCAACAAUUCUACUCAUCUGUACUGCAGCCCAUCUCGCUCACACCUACGACGAGAAAUACGACAGGAUAGAGAUAGAGAACAUCGUGGCCAAUGAAGAGAUUCAUAAAGCUGUUAACGACUGUAUUUUAGGAAGGAUGGACUGUGGGCCAUAUUGGGACGAAGUCAGAGAGUUAGCGGCAGAAAUCGCCCAGGAUCGCUGUGCGCACUGCACUGCACGUCAGAAAGUAAUAGUCAGGACAUAUAUUACCGCCACCAAAAGCAAAUACCCCGACACCUGGCGAAAGAUACGCCAAAUGUUCAAGAAGAUCCCACAGACAAUAUAAUAAAAUUAGAAAUCUCACAGGACCACCACACACAAUAAACGG